AUAGCGCUUUACUGAUUUCCGAACCGACUGGUUGCAGUUGUAGUUAUAGUGUUGAAGAAGUGCAAUACCUACUAGUAAUACUAAUCGAUAGUAUACCUAUUUUUAUACAAAAUAAUAAUAUGUACUUAUAAUUUUUUUUUUACUCUCCCCUAUAGCCAAUCGCCUAUAAGGAUAGCAAAGUGAAAUAAUAUUUUAUACAAUGUACUCCGAAGUCGUGAAAACUUUAAACUCUGUGGCAACUCGUAUUUUGACUUGGGGAAACCCAUUAACAUGUGCUGGAGGAGAGGUGAUAGUGUGUAUUUCUGGAAAUCCUGGUUUACCAGAUUUUUACAUUGAUUUUGCAUUAGAGUUGCACAAGUUAACAGGAUUACCCAUGUGUGUCAUUGGUCAGGCUGGACAUGAUGUUAUUCCAAACGAAAAGGAUCUUGUUUUGAAAAAUCAAGAACAUUUAUACUCCCUUCAAGGUCAAGUAGAGCAUAAGUUCAACUUUAUUAAUGAAAGUAUAGAUAAGAAUUGCCGUAUACACCUUAUUGGCCAUUCAAUAGGUUCGUGGAUGAUUAUCGAAAUGCUAAAUAAACAUUCCACAUUGAUUGACAGAAUAGUAUCAAUAAAUUUAUUAUUUCCAACUAUUCAAAAAAUGGCAGUAGCUCCUAAUGGAAAAUUUAUUACUAAAUUUUUGUCUAGAAUACAUGUUUUACUAAUGUUUUUUAUUAAUUUGAUUCAUAUUUUACCUCAAGUAGUUCGUUCUUUUUUUAUUGAUGUUUAUAUUUAUUGGAAUAAGCUACCCUCGUCAUAUAAUGAUAUGGUAAAUAAGUUUUUAAGCCCAAGUAGCUUUGAGAAAAUGAUAUUUUUGGCAUAUGAUGAAAUGGCUAAUGUUAAGGAAUUAAACAAAAGUGGCAUUGAUAAAAUUAAAUCUAUUACUAAUGUUAUAUACAGUGACAGAGAUGGGUGGGCACCAGUAAGCUACAUGGAAGACUUGAAGCAAUUUGAGCCACAUCUCCAAAUGACGCUUGUUGGUGUUGAUCAUGCUUUUGUGUUAAGAUCCUCAGAACAAGUUGCGGGUUUGGUGGCAGAAUUUAUUAGAAAUAAAACAUAAUAUGGGAAUUUGUGAAAUCUUGAAAAGAGAUGAAAGAGUAUUGGUUUGUCUAGUUACACAAAGCACAAGUGAUAGCAAGAAUUACACAUUCAUUCAAACUUCUCAUCUCCUUUCUAGCAUUUUGCUAAUAUCUAAGCUGCAGUAGGCAAUAUAAAUCAUUAUUGAAGAUAUGUGCACUUUAAUUUAUUAAAAAUUAUGUUACAUGUUACAUUUAGUAAUAUUAUACAUUAUCUAUACAACCACCAAGCAAGUGACAUUGAAAACUGGCUGGAUCACUGCAUGGAAAUAAUAUAAAUAAUUAAUUCAACUCUAUAUUCCACACAGUGACAACAGGGGUUUGCACAUGUCACAUGAAUAGUUAUUGAUACCAAUAAAACAAAUUUAUCUUAUAUUUUCAACCAUACAUUUUACUACGUAAGUACACACAAAAAAAACAAGGGAGUAUUUUGGGUAUGAUUAUUUUCAUUAUAAAAGUAAUGGCACUUGAAGAGGCAGUUGUUUUUUUUAUAUGCCAUAUUAAUGUUCAUGUAUGUAGCCAUCAAUAAAAGCUUUCAUGUUAGAUUGCUUUAGUAUAAUUUGGAUGAAAAGUGGAAUUCAUAAUCUUGUUUGUAAUACACCAAAAUAUAGCUUAUUUAAUAAUCAAAGGAUUCAAACCAAGGGUACUUUAAUAUGUAAAUGUUUGUUAUCUACAUUUAGGUUUGCAAAAUUAUAUGAAGCUACUGGUUAUGCAUUUAAACUUCAUAUACAACAGCAGAAUAAAUACUAGGUAUAGCUAGAUUGUUAUUUCACGAUGUAUAUAGUCUUUGGUAGAACUAUGUAUUUACCAAUUUAUUAAAAUAUCGUGUAAAUGCUAAUGCUAAAAUUUCUUAGUUGAAAAACUAAGAAAUAAUUCAUACACAAGGCUGACAUUUUGUUUGACUUUUCUACAUUUAUUAUUAUUCACUGUAACAUUUGCAUAACACCGUAGGUACAUAAAGCGUUUUAUAGGUAUAAAUAUAUAUCUACAGAGGCAGAGUUAGCGAGACUUCAGAUAAUUUACGUGAUCAUGUCUUGAGAACAUUACAUUCAUAAUAAUGGACGAGUGACUUUUGCCAUUUAUAAUGACUCUCAUCCUAAUCAUCCGCCUACUCUUAUCCCACAAUAUGUGGGGUCGGAGAAGCAUGUCAGUCUUAUCCAUUUCUCCUCACCUGAUGUUAACUAAAUUAUAUCUCGCUCAAAACACUAGAAGAAUAAAAUUACUAUAAAGUAGGUACAGUAAUUUAACUGUGGUCAAAGUGGCAUGAUUGAGAAAGUUUUAUAAAAAAGUUUUUUAUUCAAUAUUGAUCUCUAUAUCAAUAGUAAACGAUUACAAUGAAUAAUAAUGAUGUAGAAGUUCCUAUUUUUUUAACUUACUAUUAUUAUAUUCUUUGUAAGUGAUAAUAUGUUUAUAAAUAAUAGUAUAAUAAAUAAAACAUUCCUUGAACAGCAUUAUACCUGUAUAUGUUUAAGCAUAAAAACAGAGAUUCCGAUUAGAUUAUAGACAAAGUGUAAAAAUAAAAAAUGGCUACAUAUUAGGUAUUUGUUGACGAUGAUGCACAUUUGAGACAGUUAUCAAUCAUAAAACUUUUAAGUUCCAUUGAUAAAA